AUGGUAAUGAUCUCGAUACAUUUACUAUCAUCAUAUGGUGGCGGCGGUGGUGGUGGUGGUGGUGGUGGUGGCCAUUAUGAUCAUUCUGUAGAUGCUGCAGUAAAAUCUAAACAUUCAGUCAGCCUAUAUCCAGUACAUAGUAGCCAUGAUCCGGGUAAAACACCGGUAGUAGAUAUCAAUUCCGGUCCAUUGCCAUUAACAUUACGUUUUAAUUCACAUUCAUCAAAUAUCAACGCUAUACAGAAACAUUUUAGUCAUCCGGGACAAGUACAAAAACAGAAUGCCAUCGAUGAACCGGAUUUAUUGAUCCAAAACAUUAAGAAACCAGUUAUUCAAGAGGUACGAGAAGUGAUUGCACCAUAUCGCCAUCGUACACAAGAAGUGAGACCAGUUCGUGAACGUAUUGAAACAUUGAUCGCUAAAGGCCAAGAUGGUAUGAUUGGUGGUGGUGGCGGUGGUGGCGGUAGUCAUGGCUAUGAACAAGCCAAACAAGUUUCAUAUCCACAGGAAGGAUAUUCAAAAAAAUAAUCAAAAAAAGAAAAAAUUUUUAAUCUUCAAGGCAAAAAAAAAUUCAAUGAUGACC